AAGAGAGAUCCACUUAUAAGUCAUAUUUCGAGUAAUGCGCAUUCGCUUUUCAAGAGUUUUCAGCCAAUUGUUGACUACUUAUUUCGGUUAUUCUAUUUUUUUAGAAUAUUACCCCAAACAGUGAUAAACACUAAUGAAUAAUUGCACGAUAUCGAAUGCGAGUUUUGAUUUAUUUAUUCGUCUCGCCUGUGAAUAUAGACGUCUCAAUUGCCUCGCUUGUCCCAGUUCACUAACUUUGCUAUAUCUCGCCGUGCUGUGAAGAACAGAGAAAAUUGAAACACAGAAAUAUGAUCACCAUGGAUGCUUUGGACGAGCACUAUCUUAUAUUCGAGGACACCAACAAAUUGAAGUACAAUCGCUUUCGAAGUACGGAAUUUCCACCGGAGAAAGAAUGCAAUGAGCAAAACACAUCCAGUUCAGCUACCAAUAGCCAUGAAUCCAGCGGCAGUUGCAGUCCAACAGAAAAUAACAACUUGAUUCUAAACAAUUUCCCCAAGCAAAAUCGUCUACAGAUAAAACACAACAACCACGUUUGUGAAUGUGGGUGUCAAAUCCUCAAAGAAGAAAUGAAUAACCUAGAGCAUGAGGUUUUUACGCUGAGAAAACUCGUCAGCUCUAAGAGGGAUAUGGAGGCAAUGGACUGGUUUUCGCCGAAUAUUUUCGAGGAAAAAUCCAAGCUCAGAGAAAAGGAAAAGGAGAAUCAGUUGCUUAGAGAUGAGAUACAAAAGCUUAAUUCCGAUAUGAAGCGUUUGUAUUCGCGAUUGGAAGCGCUAGAAGUUGGGAAUUUGGCUCCGACAUACAAUGCCAAAGAUGAAAUUCUGGACCCAAGAAACGAGGCAGUUGUGAUUUUGGGGAAUUCUUUCGUCAAGAAACUAAACUCGGGAGAGUUUCGCAUUAUGGUAAAAGAUCUCCCAAAAAUCGACGAAAAGGGAGAGAUAAUUUCAGUCCCGAAUAAAAAGCAAAUCGAAAAGCUGACCAUUCAUGUUGGCUCCAAAGGGGUGAAAGAACUAAACUCGCAGCUCGGGAAUACAAAAGGAGUAGAAAUCAGAGAAAUGAAUUACGAGCCGCCAGUAACAAAGAAAAAACCCAACAUCGAAAAGAUCACAGAAUUUUCUACAGAUAAGGUAAACACGAAUGAGAUGGAUAAAAGAGCACCUCCUUGUGGUGGUUUCCUACAGUGCUUGUCAAUAGCAUGUGGUCUGUACGAGCCAGAUCCGCCUGCUCGAGUGUAGAUAAAACAUCUUGACCAGAAUAACAAUUCCUCCAUUACUACUCCCUGUGUUCAUCAUAUUUGGAGAAAGUGACCUUGGAUGUUUAGGAUGGAACCAUUUUUGGCAUUGGCAAAAUUCACUAAGUGUUUAUGCAGGCAUGUACCAUGUACCAAAACAUGUACCAAAAGUCUGCCCUUUAAAAUUAAGGAGGGUGAGGGAUCAGAAAGGGGGGGGGGGAAUAAAAGAUUUCAGGUUGUAGCCAGGAUUUUAAAUAAAAGAAGGCCUAAAGUGACAUUUUCUCCUGUAUUUAUAAUACCAAUACAUAAACUGUUUUAAGGGGGGUCUUGGCAGCGCGUCGGUAGGUCUAGGAUUUGUUUUUAUUUUAAGGGUGUUCAUUUUAUGAUUCAUUUAUGUCAAGCUGAAGUACAGUCCAGCAGCUUAAUUAUUUAUUGGUUAUUGGUUAGUAAAACAGUGGAUAUGCAGUGCAAAACUCAAAGGCUGGUUAUAUUUGCUAAACAUGUACAUAGUUUUUAUUUAUAACUAUAUCUAGAUUGAAUGUGUUUUUUUCUAAAAAAAAAACCUGUGAAACAAUAAUUGCCAAAGCAUAGUUGUCAACACAAAGGAGAACAAAAACAGUGAGGUUACUAGAGCUAAAUAAGUGUAUUCCACAGGUUUAUGACAACCACUCUGGUAGUAAAAGAAGAAUAAUAAAGUACAAUAAUUAUGUUUAUGUUUAUCAUGCACAGAAAAUACCUGCAACCCUUCACUAGAUUUUCUUAAGGUCUGUCCCAAAAUGACCUUUUGAUCUGCCCCAUACAUACAUUUUUGUGCCAUGUUUAACUUACAUAACUGGAUAAUAAUGAUUGAAGAGUUACAUGGGGAAUUGGGUCGAGUUGAUAUGAAAACAGCAUUCUUGGACGAUUUUAGGGGAUGAAAUUGUAUGGUAAAAUGUUGAUGUGAUAUUGAACGAAUGGUAGGUUUUAGAAAUUUAGCACUCGGAAUAGUUAGAUUGACAAAAUCAACAUUUGCAUUGUUCAACACCAUGUUGAAUUUCAUCGCCUAAAAUCAUCCCAGCCUGCUGUUCGCUUAUCAACUCGACCAAGAAUGGCAAACAUAAUCUUGCACAGAAAAUUACGUCCUUUCUGUUUAUUAUACUUAUUUGUAUGUAGAAAAGGAUAUCCCACUUUGUCGUCUUUAAACCAUGCAGGUGCGGAUUUUCAGUCUCACUUUGAAACUCAAGCAAAGUAAGUUAUUGGGACAAAAAAAAUAAGAGAUGAAACAACAACAAGACACAAAUCUG